AUGGGCAAGUCAAGCAAGAAGGCGGCCGCCGUGGCCGCGGCACCGGUGCCGGUGCCCAAGGGGAAGAAGCGGGAUGCGGAGGACGAGAUCGAGAAGGCGGUGAGCGCGAAGAAGCAGAAGGCGGCGCCAACGGCGAAGGCCGUGGUGCCGUCCAAGAAGGACGCCAAGAAGGCAAAGAAGCAGCCGCCCCCCAAGAAGGUUGAGAGCAGCAGCAGUGGCUCCGAAGAGGACUCCGAGUCCGAAGAGGAGAUUAAGGUACCAAAGAAGGCGCCUGCUGCUAAGAUCGCUAAACAAGAAUCCAGUGACGAUGACAGCAGCGACGCGACCUCUGAAUCUGAUGAGGAACCUGCAAAGAAGCCUGCUGCUAAGCCUGCUGUUGCGAAAAAUGGUUCGAAGACAGGCAAGAAAGAGAGCAGCAGUGAUGAGGGCAGUGAAGAUGAGUUGGAUGAUGACGACGACGAUGAUGAACCUGCAAAGAAGGCUGCUGCUAAACCCUUGGGUGCUGUUGCCAAAAAUGGUUUGAAGAAAGGCAAGCAAGAAAGCAGCAGCGAUGAGGACAGUUCUGACGAUGAGUCAGAUGAUGAUGUUAAACCUGCUGUCCCUCUAAAGAAACCAUCUGUGAUUGAUGCACAAAAGAAAAAGGAGGAUCCGUCUGAGAGUGACUCUGAUGAUGACUCAGAUGAGGAAGUGCCUCCUAAGUCUAAGGCUUCUGUAGUGGCUACCAAAAAGGAAGAUUCCAGUGGAAGUGAGUCAGAGAGUGAUUCUGAGGUUGAGGAUGCAAGUAAAACUCAGCCUGCCAAGAGAGCUGCUUCAAAAAUGAAAGAUGAAUCAAGUGAUGACUCUGACACUGAUGAGGACGAGAAACCUCCCCAAAAGAAGCAGAAGGAAGCACCUUCAGCUGCAAAGAAUGGAAGCAGCAGUGAGGAUGAGGAUGGCAGUAGUGAGGAAAGUUCUGAUGAUGAGCGUACAAAAGUUGAACAAAAGAAGGCACCAAAAGCAUCAGCAAGCAGUGGAUCUGAGGAUGAAUCUUCUGAAGAUGAUAGUGAUGAAGACAGUGAAGAGCCUGCUAAUACUCCAAAGAAGGAAGCUCCUAUGCAUGCCUCUGAAAAGCAAACUGCUACCAAAGAACCUAAAACACCUAUGGGCUCCCAAAACGAAGCAACGGAGGAGGUGAAGACACUUUUUAUGGCAAACGUCCCCUGGAGAGCUGAAUUUGACGAUGUGAAAGAAUUUUUUGCGGAUGCUGGUGAGGUUGUUGAUGUUCGUUUUCCCACACAUGAGGAUGGCAAUCGUAAAGGAUUUUGCUAUGUUGAAUUUGUUUCAGCUGAGGCUGCUGAAAAGGCAUUUAAAGAGAAGCAAUCAAAAGAGUUGCAGGGUCGUGAAGUAAGACUUGACUUCGCUAAGGGAAGAAAUACACAAACUCCUCGCAGUGGCAAUGAUGGAUCUUUCCAGAAGCCAGUUCGGGGUAGCAGCAACUCGAUAUUUAUCCGGGGUUUCGAUAAAAAUCUUGCAGAGGAUGAGAUCCGAAGCGCUCUCCAACAGCAUUUUGCUGAAUGUGGUGAUAUAACAAGGGUCUCUAUCCCGACUGAUUAUGAGUCUGGUGCAAUCAAAGGAAUGGCUUACAUGGACUUCAAGGAUCAGGAUUCAGUGUCCAAAGCCAUUGAGCUCAGUGGCUCUGACAUUGGUGGUGGCUAUGAGCUUUAUGUUGAUGAAGCCAAGCCAAAAGGCGAUGGCCAGCGUGGUGGUGGCAGAUUUGGUGACCGUUCUGGUGGCAGAUUCGGUUCCGGUGGCCGGCGUGGUGGCGGUGGCAGAUUUGGUGACCGAUCUGGGGGCAGGGAUGGUGGCGGCAGAUUUGGCGGACGACGUGGUGGUAGGGAUGGUGGCCGUGGACGUGGUGGUGGCGGCCGUGGCUUUGGUAACAGGCAGAGUGCUGGCACUCCUAGUGCAGUGAUAGAGAUUUCCCUUAUGAUGGCCCGUUUCGUGUUGCCAUACUUAAGUUUUCCGUUAGAAGCGGCUGACCCCAAGUUUUCCGAUAGAAGCGGCUGA